GGGAGAGGAUGCUACCUCAUAACACAGCGAACAUCUCGAGUAAGGUUAUAAAGCUAAACUAAUGCUCCCUGUAAACGACCUUCGGGUGGUGGUGUCUCGCUGCGUCGCUCCAAGCAGUAGAGCGUACCCCCUUUGAUUCGUCUCGGUCAAAAUGAAGUUGCCAGCAUCGAAUGCGGCCGUGUGUGCCGCCGCGCUGCUCCCGGUAGCAUCGGCAACCAUCUACUACGCCGGAGUCGCCCAGUCAGGCGGUGAGUUCGGUGUAUGGAGCGCCACUUCUACCAAGGGAACCGGGCUGCCCGGACGGUUCGGGGUCGACUACCAAUUCAUCAGCACGGCCGGCGUCGACACCAUGACGGAUCAGAACAAGGUCAACCUCCACCGCGUGGCUUUCCUGCUCGAGCGCAUGUGCCCCCCGUCGUACGGCCUCGGCGCCAAGUUCAACGAAACCCAUUUCGACUACUACAAGCAGGCCAUCAACUACAUCACCAAGACCAAGGGUGCUUACGCUAUCCUCGACCCGCACAACUACAUGCGCUACAAUGACCCCUCAUCGCAGCCCAUGAGUGGGAGCGUGAUCGGCAACUCGUCGGACCCGACGGCGGCGACGACGGCCCAGUUCGGCGAAUUCUGGGGCGAGCUGGCGCGGCGGUUCGCCGACAACGAGAAGGUCAUCUUCGGGCUGAUGAACGAGCCGCACGACAUGCCGAGCGCGCUGCUGGUGGCGAACCUGCAGGCGGCGAUCGACGGGAUCCGCAAGGCGGGGGCCAAGAACCUGAUCAUCGCGCCGGGCAACUCGUGGACGGGCGGGCACUCGUGGACGCAGGGCGGCGCCGAGGCCAGCAGCAACUGGCUCCAGAAGCUGGUCGACCCGGCGGGGAACCUGGCCAUCGACAUCCACGAGUACCUGGACGUGGACUUCAGCGGCUCGCACGCGGCGUGCCAGCAGGACCCGGCGACGAACCUGGCGAACGUGACGGCGUGGCUGCGGGAGCACAAGCUGAAGGCGUUCAUCACCGAGUUCGGCGGGUCCAACACGACGUCGUGCACGACCAUGCUGAACGGCAUCCUGGACUACAUGGCGCAGAACGACGAGUACAUCGGGUGGACGGCGUGGGCGGCGGGCCCGUUCUGGGGCUCGAACAGCCCGUGCUGCACCGACUCGAAGCAGUGGGGGAGCCUGGAGCCGGGCAGCAAGGCGGCGGACGGCGGGCCGAGCCUGUACGACACCGUCUGGCUGCCCGUCAUCCAGAAGAAGGUCCCGGCGAAGCUGCAGUGGCGCGGCAUGGCGAGCGUCAAGGGCGGCAGGUUGGAGGAGAAGCCGCAGAAGCACUAGGCUGCAAGAGAGUGGGCCCUGGGUGUAGAGAUAACUAUAAGAAAAAAGACAAGCUCGUCUCUCCGACAACCCCCUAUUCGCUCUGCCGGAGCCUGGAGACUCAGGGUUAGGGUUGGUAACUAUACCGUACCAGAAAAUGCGAGUCAAGUCCAGGAGUCGCGGUCGCCAAGAUCAGGGCCUGGGAGGCUUGUCGUUCAGUGGCGAUUCUGAAACAUGUCCCUCACACCUUCUGGAACAGAUCGACGGUACCGCGGGGCAGUAACGCAAGUUCCUCCUAGUUUUCGAUGUGGAACUGGAAUGUAGUAUGCACAAAAAUCCAGGUGAGGGCGCAGUCGCCGUGGAUAGGUUGUGAAUAGAUGUGGUUGUUGUUGG